AACCGUUUGAUUAUUUAAGAAGGGAGUCAACAGAUCCUUAACAAGGUGGUCAACCAUUACACCUCAUUUUUCCAGCAGAUGGAAAGAUCUCUGCAUCAAACGGUGCCUAUUAAUCACCUCCAUUGCCACCCAACCCAUGUCUUACGUCAUUUCACAGCAACAUAACAUGUGAAGUUCCUACGUUUGUGGUCUCAUCUUAAUACUUGUUCAUUAGAUCACUUAAUAAUCUCUAAAACAUUUCAUGACAUGGUUUUGUGUAUCUAUAUAACAAGUGUUUAUGCUUGACCUCAAAGAAGGGAGGGGAAGUACCUUUUCCUUUUGUGAGGUUUAGAACCAAGUCACCAAAAAUGGCCAACAUAUCUGUCCCAUUGGCAUACCGGAACAACUCCGCUGUCGUACCUGACUGGCUGAACAAGGGUGACAACGCAUGGCAAAUGGUGUCCGCCGCGCUGGUCGGCAUGCAAGGCAUGCCUGGCCUUGUGAUCCUCUAUGCCGGCCUUGUCAAGAAGAAAUGGGCUCUCAACUCAGCCUUCAUGGCACUCUAUGCCUUUGCAGCAGUCAUGCCUUGCUGGGUCCUGUGGGCUUACAAGAUGUCAUUCGGCCACCGUCUUCUUCCUUUCUGGGGAAAGGCUGGCCUCGCUGUAUCACAGGACUUUUUGAUCCCACAAGCCUUUCUUCCUUCCACUCGUUUUGUUGAUGGAAAUUACACGGUCUCAGCUACUCAACCGUGGUACCCUAUGGCUACCAUGGUCUUCUUCCAGUAUGCCUUUGCUGCUGUGACUGUCAUCCUCCUUGCAGGCUCUCUCCUUGCUCGGAUGAGCAUCAAAGCUUGGAUGGCCUUCGUGCCACUCUGGAUCACUUUUUCUUACAGCGUUGGAGCUUAUAGCAUAUGGGGCGGCGGCUUCCUCUUCCAAUGGGGCAUUAUGGAUUAUUCAGGUGGUUACGUUGUCCAUCUAGCCUCCGGUGCAGCAGGAUUUACAGCUGCUUACUGGGUUGGACCAAGAUUGAAGGACGACCGCGACGAAUUUCCUCCUAACAAUCUCCUGCUAGCACUAGCUGGAGCUGGUAUUCUUUGGAUGGGCUGGACAGGGUUCAAUGGAGGCGAUCCUUUUGCUGCUAAUGUCGAUUCCUCCCUUGCAGUUCUCAACACCCACAUAUGUGCAGCAACCAGUCUUCUUGUAUGGACUUGCUGGGAUGUGUUGUUUUUCAAGAAGCCAUCUGUGAUAGGAGCAAUACAGGGAAUGAUAACAGGGUUGGUCUGUAUCACUCCUGGUGCUGGUCUUGUACAGGGAUGGGCUGCACUGGUAAUGGGUAUAGCUUCUGGUACUGUUCCCUGGUACACAAUGAUGAGUUUGAGCAAGAAGCUGCCAUUACUGCAGAAAAUUGAUGAUACACUUGGAGUCUUCCACACUCACGCUGUUGCUGGAACCCUAGGCGGAGCCCUUACGGGACUAUUUGCUCAUCCAAGUCUCUGUAGCUUGUUUCUUCCAGACCCGGAUUCAAGAGGAGCCUUCUACGGCAAGAAAGGUGGAGUCCAAUUUCUGAAGCAGUUGGUGGGUGCAAGCUUUAUUAUAGGCUGGAAUAUAGUUGCCACAUCCAUCAUUCUCUUGGUCAUUAGAGUGUUGAUACCCCUUCGGAUGUCUGAAGAGGAGCUCAAGAUUGGGGAUGACGCAGCUCAUGGAGAAGAAGCCUAUGCUCUCGCUGGACAAGGAGAGAGGGAAAGAUCUACAAUUCGUGCUGUUGAGAUGGAAAUUCUCUGAAUUCGAUCUUGCUUUCUCUUUCUCACAAGAAAAGAAACAAGAAAUCCUUCGGCAACCAAUCAAAUGCAGAAAAACAAAAAGGAUGUGAAAGAACAACAACAAUAACUGAUAAGUUCAACAACACAUAUAUAUUCAUUAUGUAAAAUUUUAGAUGUUCAGGAAAAAUUGUUUAUCCUUGGUGA